AUGUAUGUGCUAGUCUCUAAACUAAAGAAUAUUAAAUCUGCUUUGAAGGAACUCAAUAAAACUGGUUUCACUGAUAUCCAAGCUGCUGAUAUUAAAGCUCAUCAAGUAUUGAUGGAGGCUCAGAAAGCUAUGCACUCUAAUCCUACUGAUUUAGAGUUAGCUGAACUGCAAUUACAAGCAAUUAAGGAGUAUAAAAAGCAUCAUGAGGUGUACAUGGAUUUCAUAAAACAAAAAGCCAAGCUAGAUUGGAUUAAAGCUGGAGAUGAAAACACUACAUUGUUUCAUCAAGGUAUCAAGUCCAGAAUUUUGCAGAAUCAGGUUUACAACAUUCAUGAUAUGCAUGGAAAAUGGCAAGAUACAACUGAUACAGUUUCUGGUGCUUUCUUGGAUUACUAUAUGAAGCUGCUUGGCACCACUCAAGUUGACAGGAAGCCUGUGUUUAAGGAGAUUGUGUUGAGUGGCCCUAUGAUUACAGAUCAACACAGAACAAUUCUUACUGCUGAUUACACUAAAGAAGAAGUGAAGAAUGCUUUGUUUUCUAUUCCAGGUACUAAAGCUCCUGGUCCAGAUGGCUUUGGUUCUUUUUUCUACAAGGAUGCUUGUCACAUUGUUGGUGAUGAGGUGCUGUGUGGGAGGUUAAGACAAGUGUUACCAGACUUGAUUUUUGAGAAUCAAGGAGGGUUUGUGCAUGGAAGGUACAUUGUCCACAAUAUCAUGGUAAUUCAGGAUCUGGUUAGGCAUUAUGGAAGGAAGUCAGUUAAGCCAAGCUGCUUGUUAAAAGUUGAUCUACAGAAGGCUUAUGAUACAGUUGAUUGGUGUUUUCUUCAAGAGAUGUUGGAGAUUUUAGGUUUUCCUGAUAAAUUUCUGAAGCUGGUGAUGACUUGUGUCACAACUCCCAUGUUUUCUCUUAUGAUUAAUGGAUCCAUGCAUGGUUUCUUUAAAUCAAAGAGAGGAUUGAGACAAGGUGACCCUAUGUCACCACUGUUGUUUGUUAUAUGCAUGGAAUAUCUAUCCAGAAUUCUGCAUAAGUUGACUGAGUUGCCUCAAAUUCAAUACCAUCCCAGGAGAUUACCCUUCCAUUUACUCCCUUCUUCAAGCUUUUGCCCUGCAAAGUCAUCUAGUCUGCUGGCUAAUAAAAGUAAAUCUGCUGUUUAUUGCCAUGGCAUGGCUGAUACUGAUGUGACAAGAGUGGUGGAAGCUUCUGGUUUUGUUAGGAGUGCUCUACCUUUCAAGUAUCUAGGGGUACCUAUUUGUUCUAAAAAGAUCUCUGCAGGCCAAUGUGAUGUUUUAGUGGAUAAAAUGACAGCAAGGAUUAAAAUGUGGAGCACUAGGAAUCUGUCCUACACUGCAAGAAUGCAGUUGAUUAAUUCAGUUCUGUUGAGCCUGCAUAUGUAUUGGGCUCAGGUUUACAUUCUUCCUAAGAGUGUACUCCAUGAUAUCACAAGAAUAUGUAGGGGAUUUUUAUGGAGUGGACAAGCAUACAGUAGCAAGCCAAGUAACAUAGCUUGGGAAAAGGUUUGCUCUCCUAAACAGAAGGGUGGUUUGGGGUUUAGGGAUGUGCUCACUUGGAACAUAGCUAGCAUGGGGAAAUAUGUGUGGGCUAUCACCAAUAAACAGGAUAACAUAUGGAUUAAGUGGAUUAAUUCAGUGUAUAUCAAAGAUGGGGAUUGGUGGGAGUACCAACCUAAUGCAUCUGCAAGUUGGUAUUGGAGAAGAAUUUGUGCAACAAGGGAUCAGUUGAAGCAAGUGUAUUCUCAGAAUGAUCUUAAAAACAUGACAUAUUAUUCUGUGAAGCAGGUUUAUGGUAAGCUAAUUGGUGAUAAACCCCAUAUUCAGUGGGAUAAGGUGGUUUGGAAUAGGCUGAAUGUGCCAAAACAUAGGUUUAUCUGUUGGUUGGCUAUGCAUGGUAGACUGCAUACUAUAGCUACUCUAGCCAAAUUGGGGAUCAGUACUUCUGCAAGAUGUUUAAUUUGCAAGCAAGGUGAUGAAGUUCAUGAGCAUCUGUUUUUCAAUUGUCCCUAUAGUUUGUUGUGUCUGCAAGGGCUUACUGAUUGGCUUGGCAUUCAGAUUACUGGUACAAACUUGCAGACUGUAAUCUGUGGUAUUAAAAGGAAGAGACUUUCUAAAUUCAGAACUCAAGUAUGCUAUGCAGGGGUGGCAGCCUUGGUUUACCUGAUUUGGAAAAGCAGAAAUCAAAGCUUCUGGGAGCAUUCUGUGCCAACAGUGUAUUCUGUAAUGGGGAGUUUGAAGCAAAUUGUGAGAGCUAGCAUUACAGUAGUCAUGAGUCAGAAAGUGAGCAGGAGUGACAGUAGUUGGUUGCUCAGUUUGUAA